AUGUGCCCAAGCAUGCCCACAAAGGAACCCAAUGUGCGGGAACAUGGCUCCCUCCCAAAGAUAGUAUCAAUCAACGCCCCCACACCAGGAGUUAGGGAAAACACCUCCAACGGUUUCAUUCCGACAGAGAACUUACUAAAGGCUAUCAAAGCAACAUCGGUUAGAACCUUGCAGCACAUUUCCAUAGCUGCCCGCUCCCAAGCAGCAGGCAAACUAUCCACCCUGCUGAAAAAGCCCGAGAACAUCCCACCUCUUCCACAACCCGAGAACAUCCUGCCUCUUCCACAGCCCGAGAACAUCCCACCUCUUCCACAACCCGAGAACAUCCCGCCUCUUCCACAACCCGAGAACAUCCCACCUCUUCCACAACCCGAGAACAUCCUGCCUCUUCCACAGCCCGAGAACAUCCCGCCUCUUCCACAACCCGAGAACAUCUCACCUCUUCCACAACCCGAGAACAUCCUGCCUCUUCCACAGCCCGAGAACAUCCUGCCUCUUCCACAAGCCGAGAACAUCUCACCUCUUCCACAACCCGAGAACAUCCUGCCUCUUCCACAGCCCGAGAACAUCCUGCCUCUUCCACAGCCCGAGAACAUCCCGCCUCUUCCACAACCCGAGAACAUCUCACCUCUUCCACAACCCGAGAACAUCCCGCCUCUUCCACAGCCCGAGAACAUCCUGCCUCUUCCACAACCCGAGAACAUCCCGCCUCUUCCACAACCCGAGAACAUCCCGCCUCUUCCACAACCCGAGAACAUCCUGCCUCUUCCACAACCCGAGAACAUCCCGCCUCUUCCACAACCCGAGAACAUCCUGCCUCUUCCACAGCCCGAGAACAUCCCGCCUCUUCCACAACCCGAGAACAUCCUGCCUCUUCCAUAA